AAAUUAAAUCGUUAAUGGACACUACUCAAUUAAAAACUAAAGUUCUUUUAGAAUUUGCCAAAAAGAAUAAAUAAUUGUUGGAUGAAUGGUCUGAAAAGACAGUCUAAGCAUUUUUAGAAUAAAGUAGAAAAUUCACUGAAGAAAUGUAUUCAGGAAAUCUUUCAAUGGUUGAUGAUGGGUAUAAUGACACAUAAGAGUAAUUAUAAAUUCUAGAAAACUUAUUUAAAAGUAUUAAUGGAAUUUAAAGUUAGAUUUUACUAAAACUAAAGGCGAUAUCUAACAUAAAUUAAGAAUUUCAUAUUCAAUUGCCAGAAGAUUGUAUAUGCAAAAUUUAUAAAAAAGAGUCUUUAUAACAUUAAGAUAAUAAGCUAAAUUUUAAAUUUAUAUUCGAAGAAUGAAAAUAUUUGCAUCUAAUUAUUCUAAGUAAAAAUAAAAAUAAAAUAGAUUAGAUUGAGAAUUCCUCGAUAAGUAUUUACUAAUUGGAGAAAACUAGCCCAUAAUUAAACUAGAUAAGAGAUUUUACAUUAAGUUAAUAGGAAAACUGAUAAUGAAAUAAUGUAAAUGUAAAAAGAAUAUGAAUAAUUGAUUACAUAAUUAGAAAAUGUUUUGGAGAAAAAAUUAAUUGAAUUAAAAGUAGAAGAAGAAUAACAUAAGGAAUUAGUAUUAAGAUAUGAUGGUAUUGUUGAAAAACGAACAGCCAUUAAACACUGA